AUCUAGCAUACACACGCGUUAGAUCGCGAAGAAAGCUAGUUCGGCGACGCACAACAUGGGGCUCAACCUGGCGACGUGGCUCCUCCUCCUCGUCGGCCUAGCAUGUUUCGUUCCAUUGUGUACCGCCACGCAGAUCAAGACCACCGACACGCGCUGGAAGUUCCACCUUCCUUUACCCAACGGCGUCACCGGCGCCGAGAGCCUUGCCUUCGACGGCAAGGGCGAGGGGCCCUAUGCCGGCGUCUCCGACGGCCGCGUCCUCAAGUGGGGAGGCAGCGCCGUCGGCUGGACCACGUUCGCGUACAACGCUAACUACAGAAAAAUACCUCUGUGCACGGCGUCCGUGGUACCGUCGGAAGAGACGGAGAGCAUGUGCGGCCGGCCGCUGGGUCUACAGUUCCACGCGAAGACCGGCGAUCUCUACAUCGCCGACGCGUACUUGGGCCUUAUGAGGGUUGCACCUGACGGAGGCGAGGCCGAGGUGCUGGCCACCGGCGCGGACGGCGUCCCGUUCAACUUCGUGAACGGGUUGGACGUCGACCAGGCUACCGGUGACGUGUACUUCACCGAUAGUAGCACGACGUAUCCGAGGAGGUUCAACACCGAGAUCAUGGUGAACGCGGACGCGACUGGGCGGCUGCUCAGGUACGACGCGCAGACGAAGCACGUCACGGUGCUAAAGGCCGGCCUGCCGUACCCGAACGGCGUGGCGGUCAGCCGCGACGGCGCGCACGUCGUGGUGGCGCACACCGUUCCGUGCCAGGCGUUCAGGUACUUCGUCCGUGGGCCCAAGGCGGGGCAGUACGAGCUCCUCGCGGACCUGCCGGGGUACCCGGACAACGUCAGGCGCGACAACAAGGGAGGCUACUGGGUGGCGCUGAACCAAGAGAAGCAGCGGCUGGACGCGACGCCGGCGACGGCUCCUGCGAAGCACUUGGUCGGUGUUCGCCUGAACGCCGAUGGAGUGGAGGUCGAGGAGCUGACGGCGGCCAAGGGCGUCACGCUCAGCGACGUCGCGGAGAGGAACGGGCAGCUGUGGUUGGGAUCCGUGGAGCUCGAGUACGUCGGCCUGUUUGCUUGA